CAUGACGCAGCAUGACGCAGCGGACCGUACGGAUUCUGAUUGGUUCUGCUGCGCUCUCAGAAAAACAGGUUACGCCAUAUUGUCCCCUUCGUAGGAGAACGCUCCAUUCCUACUAAAAUGUCAAAAUAGUUUUAUAUAUUCUAAGAUGGCUCACACUGGGGUAUCGGAGGACGUGUUCAUGGAGGACUGCUCCGCCAAGCAGGAGUCCAGCAGUGUGUGCCUGCGAAGUCGACCGUGCUCCAGCGAGAGAGACGGCCAGGUGCGGGCUGUCAAGGCGUCUCUCCAGUCCCGGCUGGGGCCCUACGAGCCCGUGCUGACCUACCUACAGUCCGUGCUGCUGUGGGAGAGGCCCCUCCAGUGUGUGCUGCUCUACCUUGUGGUCAACACUGUGUUCUGGUUCUUUGCUUUGACCUCACUGCGCCUGCUGUUCCUGCUGGCUUCUGGCCUGGCUGUGCUUCUUUGUGUCGAUACCUGGAGGAGCAAGAUCUGGCCAGAAAUUAGAGUCCGAAACCUGCAUGAAUCAGAAAAUGAGAGCUGGGGUCUGGUGCAGCCUGGCAUCCUCAGUGUGCCUGAACUGUGCCACCAUAUUGCUGAGGCCUGGGUCAGUGGAGCGGUUCUUACAUCCAGUGUGGUGCAGUACAAACGACACAACCCUGGCAAGUUUUGCAUCCUGACCUGUGGAGUCUUCACCUGUCUGGCUGUGGUCGGGCGCUACAUUCCCGGAUUGGUGCUUUCCUACUCUGCAGUGUUAGCGACGCUCCUGGCCCCUCUGGCAGCCUAUCAUAGGGUUUUUCAGCAUGUGUGCGUGAAGCUGGAGCCAGUCCUGCAGCGGCUGGACUUCAGCAUCAGUGGAUACAUGAUGUCAAAGCCUAUUGAUAAUCAGUUCCUGCGGAGAUCGAUCCAUGGCGCAGCCUCAGGUGAAGCCAGUGACAGUGAAGAAGAGUUGGCUGCUUUCUGUCCAACAUUUGAUGAUGCUGUUGUUGCCAAGGAACUGGCACUGACAGACUCUGAGCACUCUGAUGCCGAGGUGUCCUACACUGACAAUGGGACAUUCAACCUAUCACGUGGCCAGACCCCACUCACUGAGGGCUCUGAGGACUUUGACAGACACAGCGAUGCCGAGGAAUCCUUUGCUCAAGACCUCCAGGACUUCCCCUCCAUAAACCCUGACGCCACUCUGAUGGAUGAUGACGACGACACAAGCAUUGGGCUGCCUAGUCUGUGUCUAUCUGGGCUGGCUAGUCACCGGGCUUCAGUGCUGGACAUGGACGGUCAUCUGGAUUCCGACGAGGAGGACCUGGACAGGGAGCUCUCUCUCAGCGGCCUGCCGCCUGCCUCCGACUUCAGUGGAGACUUGGCCGGAGUCAUUGCCAGCAACAUGAUUCAGGCGGCGUUGGCCGGAGCGUUGCAGCCUCGCCGUCCUGCCGCCCACCGCAGGGAAGCCCCGCCCGCGGCUAGAGCCCACAGAAGCUACCGCAAGCAGUCCAGCUCUGAGCUGGACACGGACUUGGAUGGAGAGGACUUUGAAAUGCUGGAUCAGUCUGAACUGAACCAGAUGGAUCCCCUCGCAGGAGGAGGAGGGGGUGGUCGACGGGGAGAGAGCCAGGGGUCUAACUUCUUAUCUAGCCUGCUGGGUAAACCACAGUAGUGUGCGUGCGCGUGCGUGCGCGUGCGUGCGUAUGCGUGCGUGCCUGUGUGUGUGUGUGUGUGUGUGUGUGUGUGUGUGUGUGCGCGCGCGUGCGUGCGUGCGUGUGUGUGUGUGUGUGCGUGCGCCUGUGUGUUGAUGUUCAUGAGCUGUGAAUGUGAUGAUUUUAGGUUCCAGCAGCCCCCUGCUUUCUGAUUGGCAUCAGUUUAUCACUGUGAAGUAUUUUUUUUUUUUUCUUAUCGUUUCCAAACUCUUUUCUCCCCGACUUUUAAGCCCCGAUCGUCCAUAAAACUUUUACUUUGUAGGCUGAGCAAUAGGAAACGCAGCAACAAACAAAUCACAUUCAGACAGAAAAAAUAAACCAGCAUCAUUGAGCCUUGUCGCAGUUGAGAGGGGUACUUGUCGUUGACAGAACAACGUCACCCAUCAAAUCUUUUCUACCAGGAGGUCAAGACCUACAGGGCUAUUUUAUCAUGGGACCAAAUACGACAUUCCUGUUGGUUGAGCUUAGCCAUGUCCUGUUUUAUCUUUUUCUUAAGUGAGUGGAGUAGUUGAGAUGGAUAAACCAGCCCCCCACUUUUCCCAUCACACGUUGUCAAAGAAACAAUUUACAUUGCUGUAGAUGUUCGUUUUCUGCUGUCUGCUCAACUGACACGUGGCUGUUAUCUGUCAGUAGGUGAUAUGUUUAAAGGUUACAGUUUUUUUCUUUUUCUUUCAAACACCUAGAUCAAACUCUGUGACUUUUCUGAGUGGUUUUCUUUUUUCCUUUUUCCUUUUUUCUCCUGACAAACAUGUGAAGACAUAUCCAUGCAUUAUCAGGAGGUUAUUUUAUAUAUAUAUAUAUAUCACACUCUUAAGAUUGCUGAUUGAGAGCAGCAUUUGAAGUUUAUGUUUGUUUGUGCCCCAGGGUAGAUAGAUAUAUAUCUUAUUUUCUGAAUAAUUUUAUUUUUCCAUUUCCCUGCCCUUUAAUACAGCUCGGUAACAUAUCGUGUCCACGUCCAAUACCCUUGAAUGUGCCCUAAGCUUUGUGUUUUUCUUUCUUUAAGAAGAAAUGUUCAAACAAAAAUCUUUUGUUUUAUCAUCUUUUUUUUGAUGUAGUCGAAAGUCAUGCUGAACAUUUUAAGAGAAACGUCUAAUAUUGUUCGAUUCAUUGAUAUUUUAACUUUUUAAUGGGGAAACAUGUUUACAUCAAAAUUUGGCAUAGAAAGUUCUCCUCAUGUCCUUUUUUUAAAUAUAAGUAUUAGUAGCUUUGUGUGUUGGUCAGCCUGAUUUCCACUGGAUGGAUGGAGUGGGAUGACAUUUCAAAUGCAAAUAAGCUACAAAUGAGAUUCAUAGAAAAAAAUACUUAUGAAAAUGUCUAAAAUUGCUGGGUUUUUAAUAGAGGAAAGAUACAUCACUCGCAUUCAUUGUGUUAUUUUUGCAAAAUAGAAAAGAAAAUGCUGCUGGAUCCACGCUCAUGGAAGGGAUGUCAAGAAAUUGUGCAAUGAUGGGUACAUUGCUGGGAUUAAGAUUCUAAAUAGGAGGAGGAGGAGAAGUUAAUAUCAAUUUGUUUGACCACCUCAGUCACAAAACAAAGUGCUGCUCCGGGAAGAGUCAGUUCCUCAGAAUGAUGUUCUGUAGUCGGUUUGAUAAUGUCAUGUACACAGUAGUGUUUUUCAUCUUCUCUGUAGCUGGUUUUGAUGUGCAAAUCGUAUUUAAUAAAAUGUUUGCAAAUA